AAAUGCGGCUGGUGGCUGGACCACCCCUCCAGCGACUUCUGCUACCUGAUCAUCCCACAGCCCACCAAGACCUGGCAGGAGGCGCAAGACCACUGCCGAGCCCACCAAGGGAACCUGCUCAGCAUCGCCGACUCGCACGAGCAGGACUUUGUACACGGUUUCGUCACGGGUCAGGCACAAGCGUCCUCUCUGUGGUUGGGCGCCGAUGUCUCACUCGAUGACGAUAACGGCAAAUGGAUUGACGGAUCCUCGUUCACGUUCAAGCGCCAUUGUGACGGUGAUGCCGAAGGGGGGAAAUGUCUUUCCUUGCUCACCGGCAGCAGUGACUGGGAGCGUGACAAGUGCGACAACAGGAAAGGCUACGUCUGCAAGAAAAGAGGAAAAGGAAAGACAGCAAAACCCCAGCUGCUGCUACAUGACGGCUACAAGGAGGAAUUUUUCUGCCAAGACGAUUUGAGAUUCCUUGAAUGUUCCGAUGAAAGCGUCAUCCGCGUACAGUCGGCUUUCCAUGGACGGAGGCGUAGCGACGUCUGUCCGAGUGACGGCGCCGGAUCACAGGAUCGCUGCAGGAUGAAAGGGGCUCUCUCUCACUUUAGAGCAUUGUGUGACAAACAUCAGCUUUGCCCCAUUCACCCUACGGGUACGGACCCCUGCCCUGGUGUCUCCAAAUACCUCCACAUCGUCUACAGCUGUGAGGAGAAAGUGUGUCUUGACAGUCUGGGCAUCGCUGACGGGAAAAUCCCAGACUCCUCCUUUUCAGACUCUUCCUCCGCGAUCAAUGGCAAACCUCACAAAGCGCGUCUGGGGGGCAGCGGUUGCUGGAGACCGUCCAAAAUACUCGGCAGCUGGAUCCAGGUGAACCUCGGUCAGCGCUUCAAGGUGACGGGCAUUGUGACCCAGGGGUGUACAUACCAAUUGGAAAGUUCCAACAUAUUUGAGUUGGAGUUCAGUACUAACGGAGAGACUUGGUAUCGCCACCCAGAGCAGCUUGCUGUGGGGACGUACAUGCUAACCAGGUUCGUGUUCGCCCAGUACGUCCGCCUCCUGCCAAGGUUUUUUGGCCUUCGCUUUGACGUCUUAGGGUGCACGCCUGACGACACCUCUCGCGACAUCUUAUGCAGCAGCACAGCCACCAGCCUCGGCCUCGACGGUUCAAUGACAGUCCAGUGCCCGCUGGGCUGCGCCCAAACCUACACGGUCUACGGAACCCACAUCUACAAACAAGAGUCAAACAUCUGCGCGGCUGCCAUUCACUCGGGCGUCAUUGAGAACGCGAUCGGAGGAAUUGUGACUUUGCUGAAGAAAGAGCCACAGAAGGCCUACAACAGCUCCGCCAGGAACGGGAUCACCUCGAGGGAUGGUGACGGUUUGGCUCGAUCUCCGUCUUACACUUUUGUUGACCAGGAGCCGAGAUGCUUGGGACCUGAAUGGGAGGAGUUUGCGGACUUUUGCUACAAACGUUUUGAUGAUCAAAAGACGUGGUACGGCGCUCGACAAAACUGCUCCGGUCUGAAGGCCAAGCUGGUGUCCAUUCGCUCCAAGGUUGAGCGGGAUUGGCUGCAAGACCUCCUGACGUCAGCCCCCGGCGACACGUGGAUCGAACUGAACGCCCCGGUGGUUCCCGGCGAAUUUGCGUGGUCGGACCACCAGAAGGUGACCUUAACCAACUGGGCUCCGGAAGAACCUGGCGACAGGUUGGAGAAUUGCGUGGCCGCCUUGAGACAGUCUGGCAAAUGGAAGAUGAUGUCGUGCGCGCAACUCAACGGCUACAUGUGUAAGAUGCCCACGGAGCGUUAUGCGCUGGAUAAAGGCGCCAAUACAAGUGGCGAGUAAUCAUAUGAAUGCAAUUGACCUUGCAUGAUCGUUCUGUUUGAUUUACCAUGCAUUUUGAUUGAUUGAUGCAUUAUUAUGACUGAUUUACCAUGCAUUCGUCUUUUUGUUAGAUUUACCAAGCGUUAUGAUUCUGUUUACUUCUUCUUCUUCUUCUUCUUGACUUAACAUGUGAUAUGAUAAUUUACCAUGCAUUAUUAUUCCUUUGUCCAAUUUACCAUGUUGUUAUUCUCUUAGAUUUACCGUGCAUUUUCAUUAUUGAUUUCUUAUAUUUCAUUUACUUAUUGUUAAAUUUACCAUGCAUCAUGAUUAUGCCAUCUGAUGAUUUACCAUGCAUUAUUAUUCCUUUGUCCAAUUUACCAUGUUAUUAUUCUCUUAGAUUUACCGUGCAUUUUCAUCAUUGAUUUCUUAUAUUUCAUUUACUUAUUGUUAAAUUUACCAUGCAUUAUGAUUAUGCCAUCUGAU